AUGUCGAAUAUGGACGAUCUCAUCUCCCAAUUUGCCACUAAAAGAGCGCAGAACAGAAAGCAUGGUGGUGAAGAUGCACGCGAAUCAGAGGCGGCAGGAUCCUACUCUGGUGCAAAGCGCAUCAAGACAGAAGACAAGGAGCCCUCUGCUGCACCGACUACACCUCGCGCGCCAGACCAGCGCAGUCAGACCACGUCUGCCACCCCGCAGGCAGUCGCAAGCAUCGACGCUCUUUUGAUGACACCCAAACAGAAGGCUUUCCUCGGCAAGAAGCUGGACAACGCUAACAAGGCUGCGUGUGGCCUACCUUUCUGGGCCAAGAAUAAUUCACAAAUCGCCAACGGUACCGCGCAACCAACAGACCUGGGAACCAUUGAAGAAAAGUUAGAGGAAGAUCUCUAUCACUUCUGUGUCCCUGACACAGAUCCUCAACUCCAGGUCGAGAAGUUCAGGGCUUACUUCCACACCCAGAUGUCGAAGUGCCCGAAGAGAGACACUGCUCUGGCUGAGUCAAUUCCAUUUCGCCAGUCACCGGCCAUGGAGAUGCCACGCUCAGCACCUAAGUUCUCUCCUCUAGCUCCCAGCAAUGCUACGGCCAGACUUAAGCGCAGAUUCGUACCUGCUGCUCAGGAGACAACAGAGCUCAAGUUCUGCCGACACAUCCUGGAUGAGUUUGAGAAGCCAGAGAACGACGGGAUAACCGUGUACCUUCGUAUUCCUGUAUCAGAGGACGUGCCCAACUACCAUUCGACAGUCCAGCAUCCCAUGGACAUAUCUACUAUCAGAAGCAAGCUCGACAGAGGAGAGUAUGAAAUCGCCUCAGAGUUCCAGGACGACUUUAAAUUGAUGUUCAGCAACUGCUUCUUUUUCAACCCUCCUGACAAUGAAGUAAACAAGGUGGGCAGGAAAUUCUCGGAGGCCUUCGACAAUGAGUGGUCUAAGAUGGCCACCUGGAUUAACGAGCACGCUUCCGAAGCUCCUCCUGUCGAUCGCCGCUUUCUUGCACGCCGUGGAGGGUUUGACAUGCACGGAGCUAGAGCAGUUUCAAUGCGCGGUGCCAAAGGCAGAUUCUCUGCAACUCGUAAGAACAAGUCCCCGGAGUCAAAGACCAGUCGCCCAUCAUUCGCACCUCCAGAGGAAGCAUCUGAGGCUGUCCAACCGGCACAAAAGUUAACCACACCAGACCAGCAGAUCGCAGUCUCACCUACAGCUACCACUACACCUUCCUUGGAUCUGGUCCAGCCGGCUCGCAAGUCCAUUGCAACAGAACAACAGCUCCCAUACUCAGCUGAAGCCAAUCCUGUACCCGCCAUCGAAGUUGUGCAGCCCUCUGAGCCUACAUCGAGACAGCCCACUGCAACAACACCCGUCAUCGAGGAUCCUGAAUCUCAGAGAGCUAGACUAGAAGAGGAGAUCGCAGCGGAUCAAGCGCGACUCGCAAGCAAGAUGGCAAAGCUCGCCGCCAUCCAAAAGAGAAAGUCCCUUCGAGAUGAAAGUGCUACUCUUAAAAUCGAACGUGAGCCACUCGACAAGGAGAUCACCUCCAAAGGCAACGCGUACACUGGCAUCCGCAACAAGAUCAAAGAGAUGCAGGAGAAACUCAGUGAGUACGACAAGAAGCGCGAUGAUCUGAACCAACAGGGAAAGCAGCUAUGGAGAAUUGCUGAAGACAUCAAAGUCCAGAUCCAGCUGUCCGGCAAGAGAGUUGCUCAGACUGACUCUAGACAAAAGACCAUCGUCCAAGAGCUCGAGACACUUGAUUCGGAGAACAUUGCUUGA